AUGGACUUGGCACUUUCUCUGUCCGGGUCGAGCCCCCAAAAUGCAGUCUUGCUAGCUGGCGGCGUUGUCGUUUCUCUCGUCCUAUUCUAUCGAUGGGCGCUUCCGAAACCGAUUCCCGGCAUACCAUACAAUAAAGAAUCGGUGAACUCUAUCUUUGGAGAUGCCUCAUCGAUGGUUGCGCACACGAGCAAGACUCAGGAAAUGUUCGACUGGAUGGUACAACAGAAUGUUAAGCUAAAAUCACCAAUUAUUCAACUCUUCGUCCGUCCCUUUGGAAAGCCAUGGGUAGUUAUCGCAGACUUUCGAGAAACGCAGGACAUUAUGGUGCGGCGCACAAAGGAGUUCGACAGGUCUAUUUUCUUUAGUGAGAUUUCUGGAAAAAUUACACCAAGCAGCCAUUUCAGCAUGAGAACGGAUGCCGGUUUUAGAAAACACCGCAGAUGGAUUCAAGGUCUUAUGGGCUUAGGUUUUCUGCAUGACACAGCCGCGCCACGCAUCUACGAGGCUGGGUUAGAUCUCUUGCAGCUCUGGGAGCAGAAAUCUAGAAUCGCCAAAGGUCACCCGUUUACAGCUGCCGAAGACAUAUAUCGCACAGCCAUGGAUGCAAUCUGGGCCAUUGUGUUUGGGGCAGACCCAGACAACAACGUAACAAAGGCACAGCUAAGGCUCUACGCCACCAUCAAGUCAAUUGAGCUGAACAAUGAUUUGGAUACCGAAGCAGAGCUGCCAGCAGCACCCUUCCCCGCCGCAGUACAGUCUGUUCUCACGCUCACGGACAGUGUAUCCACCAGCAUCAAGUCUCCAGUACCUAAACUUGCACAUUGGAGGCUGAGGCAAACAGCUACGAUGAAAAAAGCGUACAAGGAUAAAGAUGUGUUCUUACAAGAGGAGAUACAAAAAGCUCUUAACAGAGUUACUGGUAAGAAGGCAAACGAAAAGCUCAUCACUUGCGCCAUUGACGACAUGAUCCAAAGAGAGAUGCUAUUGGCUGAAAAAGAAAAGAGAGAACCAGAAGUUCUAUCUUCAGGAAUGUCUGACGAGAUUCUCGGAUUUAUUAUGGGCGGCCACGACACAACUGCAACAGCCAUUACAUGGGGACUUAAGAAUCUGAGUGAUUUCCAAGACGUGCAAAGCAAACUCCGAGACGAGCUUCAUGCUCAUCACGCCGAAGCAGUAGCCGAAAAGAGACUGCCUACAUUCCAAGAAAUCAACACUACGACGGUACAUUACAGGGAUGCUGUGAUUGAAGAAAUUCUUCGAUGCUCUAAUACCGAGUAUGGCGGUAUCCGCACUGCUAUGGUCGACGCCGAUGUACUAGGAUAUCGCAUUCCGAAGGGCACAGAGGUUUUUCUCAUGGGUAACGGGCCGAGCAUCUUUUCUCCCGAGUUUGAAAUUGACGACUCGCUACGAACGCCAUCUGGCAUUGAGUCAAAGGAUAAAAUCGGCGUUUGGAAGCACAAGGGUAUGGCCGAAUUUGAUCCUGAGAGAUGGAUGGUCGAGGACAAGGCCACAGGACAAAAGGUAUUUGACCCCUCGGCUGGGCCGCUUCUUACGUUUGGACUCGGAGAGCGCGGGUGCUAUGGGCGCAGGAUGGCCUACGUGGAGAUGAAGUUAUUGAUCACUAUGAUUGUGUGGAACUUUCAUCUUCAUAAAUGCCCCGAAGCACUCAGCACCAAUGCAGCUAUUGAUAAGAUGACGCAUGUUCCGCAGCAGUGCUUUGUUCGGCCUGUAAAGUUGUUGCGUUAA